GAUUAAUUUGUUGGGCAGACAUACAGCAACAAGACUGAGCACCUGGGAAGGUUAUUUAUGACUGAGAAAAAUUACUCUGAUACACAGCGAAAGAGAGCGCAGGCAGAAGAACUUUAUCACCUGCUGCAGAAAACUAUCGUUUUGCUGCGAAUAUCAUGCGUUUUUCUCGUUGUCGACUCACACAUCCAGUAAAGUUAGCAGUUCCUUGCUUUCUGAGUUUGCUUUUCAUCAUAUACUACUACAUCAACUACACAUCCACAACACAAUCCUCAUUCCUCCCUGAGGGAAGUGUGGGGAAACUUGGAGGAUUCAUCCUUCAACAUGUUGGCAUGUUUCCUCAUCCCUCAAGUACCAACUGUCCUCCUGGAUUUUACAGUAAAGAGGAACUCAAACCUCACCUUCAGAGGCCUCCCCAAGAUCCCAGAGCACAGGGUGCAAAUGGCAAACCAUUUGUAUCACAUCUGAUGAGUAAUGAAGAACGCAAAGAGGAGCUGCGAGGAUUUGCUAAGAACCAGUUCAACCAGUUUGCCAGUGAUCACAUCUCCCUACACCGGGAUUUGGGCAAAGAUACACGGCAUUCAGACUGCUUGGAGCAGACGUUUUGGAGAUGUCCUGGUCUCCCAACCACCAGUGUGAUUAUAGUGUUUCAUAAUGAGGCCUGGACCACUCUGCUCAGGACAGUCUACAGUGUCUUACACACAGCUCCUGCUGCACAGCUGACAGAGAUCUUAUUGGUGGAUGAUGCUAGCACAGACGAUCACUUGAAGACCCCUCUGGAUGAGUAUGUGAAGCAGCUGCAUAUAGUGCGUGUUUUGCGUCAGAAGGAGAGGAAAGGCUUGAUCACAGCCAGGCUUAUGGGGGCACAGGCUGCAAGAGGGGAAGUCCUCACCUUUCUGGAUUCCCACUGUGAAUGCUUUCCUGGAUGGCUGGAACCUCUUCUUGCACGAAUUGCAGAGUGCCCUACAGCUGUGGUGAGCCCAAAAAUCACCAGUAUAAACCAAAAUAACCUAAAGUUCAAUAAGCCAAUCCCUAAAUCGCAUUAUGGCAGAGGAAAUUUUAACUGGAGGCUAAUUUUUGGAUGGGAGGCCAUCCCAGAAGAGGAGAAGAAGCGCCGAAAGAAUGAGACUUAUCCAAUCAGAACUCCUACAUUUGCUGGUGGCCUUUUCUCUGUGUCUAAAUCAUACUUUGAGCAUAUUGGGACUUACGAUGAAAAGAUGGAGUUCUGGGGAGGGGAGAACUUGGAAAUGUCCUUCAGGGUCUGGCAAUGUGGAGGCCUUUUGGAAAUUAUUCCAUGUUCUGUUGUAGGGCACAUUUUCCGUAAUAAGAGCCCUCACACCUUCCCAAACGGUAGUGCUGUCAUCACUCGCAACCUGGUCCGCCUGGCCGAGGUGUGGAUGGACGACUACAAAUGGAUCUUCUAUCGUGCAAACAGAAUGGCUGCCUCAAUUUUUCAAACAAAUUCAUUUGGAGAUCUUUCUGAACGUCAUAAACUCAGGGAGACAUUAAAGUGCACAAACUUUUCUUGGUACCUGAAUAAUGUUUACCCUGAAGCCUAUGUCCCUGACAUCAGGCCUGUCAAGUAUGGGCAGCUUGAAAACACUUCUUGGAAGUGCCGGUUGGAUUUAAAGAAGCCAUCAAGGAAGUGGAGACCUGGUCUAAAGUUCAUAUGUAGAAACAUGGAUGAAGCGCAGUAUUUGGAGUACACGUCUCAACAAGAGAUACGGCUCAGCUCUGGCAUUGGGUUUUGUUUACAUGCAGACCCCAGAAGAGGGGUGUCUCUUCAGCGGUGUCAGUUGAGGGGAAAAGCAGCAUCUGAGCAAGUUUGGAUCUUUACACAGGUAAACCAUCUGAAGAACCCUUCAUCAGACAAGUGUUUGACAGCAGCAGGAGAAAACGUGAUUUUGACCAGUUGUAAAUCCACUACAAACAGUCAAAGCUGGGUGUUCAUUUGAGACUAGGCAAUGAUUUGUGUAUGUGGUCUUUUUUCUUAAAAUGCUCACAUGAUGUUACACAUUAUAAAAUAGUCUUUGAUUCCUGUUUGAGGUUCUAGUGCACUGAAAUGAAGAAGAUUAAUGAAUCCAGUCAUUGUUUAAUACAAAACUGCCCUUUUGAAGCUUGGCCAGAAUAAACAAGCUCACAGGGUUAUAUUUUCAAAGUUGGUGUAUUUUUUGUGUGUUUUAAUACAAAAUUAUCUUCCGUUAAUUGUUCAUUCACUGUGGCUCAAACAUGUCACUGUUUGAUGAUGAAUAAUGAGAAUUAUGAAGAUACAGCAGUAUAUCUAUAUCUAUAUCUGAUACUAUGAUAAUAAUUAUGAUGGCGUUAUUAUUUCUUAAGUAUAGUUAAACUAAUGAGUUGCUUAAGUGUGGUGGUGAUUUGUUGUCCUUCAUUGUUGUAAAUGGUGAUGUGGUGAUCAUUUACAGAACGAGGACUCGCAGUGACAACACCGUUUUAAUAUAACUUUGAUAAGGAAUCCCAGGUUUCUGUUCAGACCACUCAGAUGGGAAACAGAAAACAGCAAAUGUGAUGAUAAAACAGUAGAAAGCCCAGUUGGAAAAUAUUUUGUUUAACACUGGAGGACCAGACUGGGAGAAUUCUUUUUCUGGAUUCUUUUUUGUUUUUAUUUAAUUUCUUUCUUUUAAAUUCAGUUUUUAUUUUUUUUUUAUUGUUUCUCUUGCACCUUGUAAUGCUUUAAAUGUUUUCUGUAAACACUUUGAGUUGUCUUUUACAUGAAAAGUGUAAUACAAACAAACUUACAUUGCCUCACUAUGUUACCAUGAUAUUCAAUAAUAACAAUGACUCUAUUACUAUUACUUACACUGUAUGCAAGUCAAGUCCAACUAAGUCCAACAUUUUAAUAAAACAUCAUUUUCUGUAUUUAAAUAAAGCCAAAUUUGCACAUGCAAAUUUGUUCUUAAAUGUA